AAAAAAAAAAUGUACCUAAGUUCAUUUUGAUAAAACAGUUUUCGAAAUUUAUAAUACAGAUAUUAAUUUUUAUCAUUAGUCUUAUUAUAGUGCCUUUCCUAAUUGGUUGAGAAUUUAAUGGAAUACUUAGAACAACAGAAGUCAGAAUAAAGCCAAUACUAGUUACUACUUAGUUACUAGGACUAUAUUAUGGUAGUUUUGGAUACUAUGGAAGGAGUUGGAAAUUUGGAAGAAGAAGCACAAAAAAGGAAAGAAAGGUUAAAAAAUUUAAAACGAAAAAACACGAAUGUAACCUCAUCAUCAGAAUCAAAAAAUAAAGAUGCUCCACUGCCAAGGCCUAUGUUUAGAAGUUAUAAACCACAAGAUGAGUCAUUGCAAAAAGCGAAGUUACAAGAUGCGGAGCCAGAAAAGGUGGAUGAAGAGAUUAAAGAUUUAGUUGAAGCUGGGAAAGAAAAGGUUGUACUUCAAGAUUUAGAUAUAGCUUCACUUGCACCUCGAAAGCCAGAUUGGGAUCUCAAAAGGGAUGUUGCAAAAAAGUUAGAAAAACUUGAGAGAAGAACACAAAAAGCUAUUGCAGAAUUGAUUUGGGAAAGACUAAAGCAAGGAUCUGACGACAAUUUGGGAGCUAUGCUUACUAUGACAGAUACAAGAGUUCCACAAGAUGACUGAAAUGGGGAGAAUUAGGUAUACAUUUUUGAUGUUUAAAUUUGAAAAAUUAAAAACCAUAACUUU